AUGGAUCGACCAAGUCUCUUUGACUUUUUGUGGGGCGCUUGCCCUGAUGGCAACAAAAAAGUUGCCUCUUUUCUUGCCAUUUCCUGCAGUGGUCGCAAGCUUCAAGACUUUUCGAGUGGACCCUUCACAUUGGAAUCAUUGGAAACCCGCUUGGAUCCUCUCUUUACUUCGGAGGAUGAUGAUGGUGGUACUGAUCAUAUCGAUGAUUUGCUCAUUGACGGAGACGACCGAUGGCAGAAUCAGAGUAUUACAGAUGAAGAAUGGACUCGGCUCUGUGACAUUGUUGGGAAACUCUGUUGUCGGUUGCGAAGCGUUCGUAUUAUUGACGCAACCGUCAUGAGCGACGAGCGAUGGGCAGAGCUAUUGGAACGGAUGCCCUCUACAUUGUCCAAGCUUGUCAUUUCCGGGUUGGGUGGGGAUAUGCCUCUUACCUUUGAAAAGGUGGGCGCCUUGAGGGGACUUGAAGAAUUCAGUUUGAUUGCCUGCAGUAGUGAAAACUAUGUGAAACGAGAGGAUGCGGCCAGUUGGCUCCAGUAUGACAGGGUGUGGUGUACGCCUGAUUCCUUUGCUAUGUUGGCACAGUCGUUGAAACAAGCAUGUGCUUUGAAAUCUAUUGACAUAUCUACUACUACUCUCUGCAACCCCCAGGCUUGCUGGGAACCAAUCACGGAGGUCAUCCGGACCAACCCUCGGCUGGUUACUGUCACCAUUCCGCCACAGCAUUACGCCUAUCUUUUGGAGGCUACCGAUCGAUCAGGGCUGUCUGAUUGGACCCUUGGCAACUUUGCAGAUUGGGAGAUAAAACCACGCGACCUGGAUGCCCUGCAGAACGGUCCGCGCAUUUGCAAGGCAAGGCAACAGCACAACGUACCCUACCAAUACCAAAAGAAGGAUUUGAAGCGGUGGGUAGAGGCUAUGAUUAUGGUGCAAGAUCAUCUAGAGUGCUUCCACUAUUUCUUCGCUCAUGUUCCUCCAGAGGUCUACUUAUUUCACCAUAACCCCAAGUUUUGGGAAGUAGAUUGA